AUGGAGUUCGCCAUGGUGGGAGCGGAUGGGGGGUGCAGCAGUCACCUGCCGUACGGAUAUGCUCGGGCAAGGGAGAGGGAGGAGGGAGGAGGAGGAGGUGGAGAAGGAGAAGGAGAAGGAGAAGGAGGAGGAGGUGUACCGGGGUCCGCAUCCUCUACCUCCUCCACCUCCACCACCUCAUCCUCAUCCUCCUCCAGCGCUCAUCUCCAUGACAACCGCCAGCAUCAGUCUCGCACCGCCUCCUCCUCCUCCUCUCGCUGCUCCUCCUCCGCCUCCUCCCCUGCCUCCUCCUCCUCCUCCUCCUCCUCCUCCUUGCAGCCAGCACAGCACCAGCAGCAGGAGCCGGAGCAGAAGCACCGGGUCCUCCUCAGAGAGCGCAGGAAGCAGCGCGGCGGCCGCCGGUGGAGACGCAGCCGGACCGGACUCGGCGGAGACCUGCACCACUCGGAGCUGGACCUGCUCGGGUCCGAGGAGGACGUCAUGAUCCAGGAGGAGGAGGAGGAGGAGGCUGAGGAGGAAGAGGAGGAGGAGGAGAAGGAGGAGGAGAAGUUGAGCAAGAGGUCGAGCUUCCUGUGCCACAUGGAUGAUGAGGAGGAGGAGACGGUGUCCAUCACGGACCGGAGACCCCAGUCCGGCUACGGGCAUGUGUACAGUGAGUUCGGCUGCUGCGAGCGGGUGGUCAUCAACGUGUCCGGGCUGAAGUUUGAAACUCAGAUGAAGACCCUCCUCCAGUUCCCGGACACGCUCCUGGGGGACCCCGACAAGCGGAUCCGCUACUUCGACCCCCUGAGGAACGAGUACUUCUUCGACCGGAACCGCCCCAGCUUCGACGCCAUCCUCUACUACUACCAGUCCGGUGGGCGCUUGAAAAGACCCGUGAACGUGCCCUUCGACAUCUUCUCCGAGGAGGUGAAGUUCUACGAGCUCGGGGAGGAGGCCAUCCUGAAGUUCCGGGAGGAUGAGGGCUUCGUGAAGGAGGAGGAGAAGCCGCUGCCGGAGGACGAGUUCAAGAGGCAGAUCUGGCUCCUGUUCGAGUACCCGGAGAGCUCCACCGCAGCCCGGGGCAUCGCGGUGGUCUCCGUCCUGGUCAUCGUCAUCUCCAUCGUCAUCUUCUGCCUGGAGACCCUCCCAGAGUUCAGGGACGAGAAGGAGUACCUGCAGCCCCGGGGGAACUCCACGAAGCCGGACCACGGGUUCACCCCCUUCAACGACCCCUUCUUCAUCGUGGAGACGGUCUGCAUCAUCUGGUUCUCCUUCGAGAUCAUCGUGCGGUUCUUCGCCUGCCCGAGCAAAACGGUCUUCUUCAAGAACAUCAUGAACUCCAUAGACAUCGUGUCCAUCUUGCCUUACUUCAUCACCCUGGGCACGGACCUGGCGCAGCACCAGGACAACGGGCAGCAGCAGGCCAUGAGCUUCGCCAUCCUGAGGAUCAUCCGCCUGGUGAGGGUCUUCCGCAUCUUCAAGCUGUCCCGGCACUCCAAGGGUCUCCAGAUCCUGGGUCACACCCUGAGGGCCAGCAUGCGGGAGCUGGCCCUGCUCAUCUUCUUCCUGGUCAUCGGGGUCAUCCUCUUCUCCAGCGCGGUGUUCUUCGCCGAGGCGGACCACGCAGCCUCCCAGUUCACCAGCAUCCCCGACGCCUUCUGGUGGGCCGUGGUCACCAUGACAACGGUGGGAUACGGGGACAUGAAGCCCGUCACCGUGGGGGGGAAGAUAGUGGGGUCGCUGUGCGCCAUCGCGGGGGUCCUGACCAUCGCGCUGCCGGUGCCGGUCAUCGUGUCCAACUUCAACUACUUCUACCACCGGGAGACGGACAACGAGGACCCGUCGGCGGCGGUGGUCGUGGAGACCCUGCCCCCGGUGUGUCCCUUCUUCCCGGACUUUCUACGGAAAUUCAAGGGGUCGCCCUCGGGGUCGUCGCUGGGGGACAAGGCGGAGUACAUGGAGAUGGAGGAGGGGGUCACGGAGUCGCUGUGCGGCCUGGACAAGAGCCCGAGCAAAGGGAACGGCACCGACAUCAGCAGGAAGAACAGCACGAACUCCAAGUCCAUUCAGACUGACGUGUGA